AUGCCGGAGAAGCCUCCACCGCUCCGCCGCCGCCCGACGGCGGCGGGGAGCUGGGUCCGGUCCCUCCACUGCAAGUCCAUGGCGGCCGACGACGUGGCCGCCAGAGUCGCGACGACGGCGCCCAUCAAGAAGCUCCACCCGCUCCUCCCGCGCGCUGGCUGCGGGAGCUCCGGCGACACGCUCAACCACGUCGUCUCGUCCAAGCCCACCAGCAGGACCAAGCCCAAGCCCAAGCCGGGCACGAAGUCGAGUCCCGAACCGGCGAAGAAGAAGAAGACGACCAAGCCGAAGCCGGCGACGACUGUGCCGCCGUCGCCGCCGCCGGGGCCUCUCGGCCCGGUCCCGGCGCUCACCGAGCUCCCGGCGGGGCACUCGUCGCGGCAGGUGGUGGAGAUCAUCUUCCUCUCCUCGUGGUCGUCUCCGCUUCCGGUCCCGGUCCCACAACCUCCGCCUCCACCGGGACCGGGAGCGCCCACCCCUACCCCCACCACCAGCAGCAGCGGCGCGUUCCCGGGCGUGGUGGAGAUGCUGUUCCGCGUGCACAACCCGGCGCGCGCCGUGGCGCGGUUCGAGGACUACCGCGCCGCGGUGCGCGCCCGGGCCGGCGGGGCCUCGCGCAGCGCCGCCGACGGCAACGAGAUGAUGCGCUUCUCCCCGGCGCCGCCGUACGUCGGCUCCUCGCCGUCCUCCUCGGCGGCUGCGGCGACGACGGGCGGCGAGGACGACGGCCCCCCGCGCAUCCGGACGUUCGACGGCAGCGGCGGCGCGCACGCCAGCGCAGCGCGCGGGUCCCCCGCGACCAGCCGCCGCGCCAUGUUCCUGUGCAGGGUCAUCGCCGGCCGCGCGGCGGAGGCGGCGGCCGAGGGGACGGGCGCCCACCACGCGGCGGCCGGCAAGGACGAGCACUUCGACUCCGUCCGGGUCGGCAGGGGCGGCGAGCUGGUGGUGUUCGAUCGGCGCGCCGUGCUCCCCUGCUUCCUCAUCAUCUACAAGCUGUAA